GAUCCAACGCAACCCUAUCGCCAUCAUGCCGUCUGACGCGAACACCAAGAUCUACUCCGCGACGUACAGCAAUGUCCCCGUCUUCGAGUACAACAUCGCCGGUAACCAUGUUAUGCGCCGACGCGCUGACGACUGGAUCAAUGCGACUCAUAUCCUCAAGGUAGCCGACUUCGACAAGCCCGCCCGAACCCGUAUCCUGGAGCGCGAGGUUCAGAAGGGCGUACAUGAGAAGGUCCAGGGCGGAUACGGCAAAUACCAAGGGACAUGGGUGCCGCUUCACGACGGGCGAAUUCUGGCAGAGCGCAACGGCGUCUUGGAGAAAUUACUACCCAUAUUCGACUACAAACCAGGAGACCGCAGCCCUCCUCCUGCCCCGAAGCAUGCGACUGCUGCUUCAAAUAGGCCAAAGGUGCCUAGGCAGAGUGCAGCGGCAAGGAGGAACGCCGCUUUCCCGACCGCCAGCCAGAGCCAAAUCAGCGAGGAGCAGUUCGACAAUGGUAGCGUUCAAUUUGCCAAGGAAGACACGCCCGACAACGAGACAGUCGUUUCGGAAUCCAUGCUCGGGGACCAAGAUAUGCUCGGGGCUUCUCAGUACUCCGCUUCAUCAAGGAAGAGGAAGCGAGGGGCCGACCAGAUGGCUCUCCAAGACCAGCAGCAUCAGAUAUGGGCUGAUGCCUUACUCGACUACUUCAUGCUACUUGAAUCCGACGACCGCUUCCCUGCACCGCCGGAGCCUCCAGCAAACGUCAAUCUCGAUCGGCCUAUUGACGAGAAGGGUCACUCAGCUAUGCACUGGGCAGCCGCUAUGGGUGAUGUUGAGGUGGUCAAGGAGCUCAUGCGUCGAGGCGCACGGAUAGACUGCCUCUCCAACAACCUCGAAACGCCUCUGAUGCGAGCCGUCAUGUUCACAAAUAACUUCGACAAGAAUACCAUGCCGAGCAUGGUGAAGAUAUUCCAGCAGACCGUUGUACGCACCGACUGGUUCGGGUCGACUGUAUUCCACCACAUAGCCGCAACUACCUCCUCAACGAACAAAUACGUCUGCGCACGCUACUACCUCGACUGUAUUAUCAACAAGCUUCUCGAGACCUGGGUUCCGGAAGAAGUCACGCGACUCCUCAACAUCCAAGACAAGAACGGCGACACGGCGAUCAUGAUUGCUGCGCGCAACGGCGCAAGAAAAUGCGUGCGCUCAUUCCUCGGCCGCUUCGUCACCACCGACAUCCCUAACAACAAAGGCGAAACGGCCGACGACCUAUUUCACGAGCUCAACUUAAGGCGCCGUCAAGCCGGCCGUCCUCGUCAGCCUUCGUCGUCACCAUUUGGCCCUGACCCGCGCAUGAACGGCGACCUCGUACCGCACCCCUUCCAGACCUCCCUUGCCACUAGUAUACCCACCGCAGUGCAAUUCCACUCCUCAACCGCCUCACACCUCAUGACCAAGAUCGUGCCCACUCUCCACCAGAAAUGCGAGGAGCUAGCCAUCGCAUAUGAAGAUGAGCUCAAAGAAAAGGAAGAGGAGUACGAAGAAGCAGAGCGCGUGGCUCGUAAACGCCAGCAGGAACUCGACUCGAUACGCAGAGAGCUGGCGCUAUUAUCAAGCGACGACGAGCCGGAGCUAGACCAAGCGCAGGAGGAGGAGCUCGCGAGCCUAGUCCGUGAAGCAGAAGCGUUGUUAGAGGUUGAGCAGAGGGCGGAGUUGAGACGGUUAAGUACGAAUGCGCAGUCGCAGAAACAGAACCACAUCGGAAAAGAAGCCGCUGGUAGCGACGCCGCUCUGCACGAGAAGCUACGUCUGGCGUUCCUAUUGUCUAGAGCUCAGGUGGAGCGGAGGGUGCUCGUGUCAGAGGUGAUCCAAAAUCUCAGCGUUGCGGGCAUGGGCGAGCGGCAGAGCGAGUAUAAGCAGCUCAUCAAAGGCGCGUUGAAUAUCAGGGAGGAGGAGAUAGAGGAAAUGCUGCCGGACAUUCUGGGGGAUCUGGAAGAAGCGGAAGAAGAGCGGAAGAGACAAGAGGCGAGCCCGCUGUAAAUCUUUUAGCCGAUUUGGGAUCGGUAAGUAUUUAUGUAUUACGAUGAUGUAUUUUCGAGCUAGGGGUGUACGGGCUACUAUAGCUCCUAAUACCCAGUCCCUAAUGUGUUAUGCUUACCUCUUCAGACAGCGGAAAGUCUUUUUCUGGGUGUUACCUAGUCUUAUAUUAUUACUUACCUCCCUUGGGAGGUGAUGGACCAUGUCUCGCCAUAGCUGCGUGAAUUACUUAACGUAUUAAUAGAGUUGUAGAUCG